CAGAAAAUCAGUUCCUUCGAUUAAAAUACAAGAAUCGGGUAGUAUUUUAUAGAUCAUAUGCUCACUGAGUUGGAGUUCCCUCAAAUUAACUUUUUGUAUUCAAACUUUGUUCUUGUAUGACAAUUUGUUCAUAAAAAUAAUAUUUUGUCCCUUUAGUCCCAUGUUUUUUAAUGGAAACGCUUCUUAAUUUUCCUCAAUAAUGGGAUUAGGUAUUUUUUUUUGGAUAAAAUGCUCAAUUUGUCCCGCUUUGAAACAUCCAUAGGGUCUUUGAAUUUGUUUUUUGAUUGAUGCCAGUUGUUUUGGCCCAACCCAGAAAUUACGGAGACAAAGCUGGGCUCAAUUUCGGAACGUGGAUGCUUUUCAAUGUACCAGGAAUGCUCAUCAAUGUUGCCAUCGCCUGGUUCUGGCUCCAGAUCAUGUUUUUGGUGGACUGGCGGUCGUACGUGUUCUUCUGGCGCAAGAAUAAGGCCGACCCCGCGGUGCAACGAGAGCUGGACUCGAAGGAAAAGGCGGCGAACAAGGCGGCGGCGCAGCUGAUCCGCGACAAGUACGCCGAGUUGGGUCGCAUGACGUUCCACGAGGCCUCAGUACUGCUCCUGUUCAUAGUACUUGUUCUCCUCUGGCUCUUCCGAUCGCCGCAGUUCGUCAAGGGCUGGUCGGAUUACUUCACUCAGGACAUUUUCCCGCCCAAAAACGUCACUGUGGGCGAAGGAGCCUCUGCCAUAUCAAAACCUUGGAAGCUGGAAAUAGAUGACGCUACUCCAGUGAUGCUCAUUGUUCUGCUCCUGUUUUUAAUCCCAGCCAGACCGAAUUUCUGGUGGUUUCGCGACGAUUCCGACCCUGAAAAGCCGUUGACUAGUCCAUCCCUGCUUGAUUGGAAGGUGGUUCACGAGAAACUUCCUUGGGGAGUCAUGCUGUUGCUUGGGGGAGGUUUUGCUAUGGCAGAAGCCUCUGAGCAGUCAGGCUUGAAUGCAUGGCUUGGGUCACAACUUGCAAAACUCAACUACUUGAACCCUGGUUCUCUGGUUUUCUUGAUCACUCUGAUGACAGCCAUGAUCACAGAGGUUGCUUCCAACACUGCUACUGCUACUAUUCUCAUGCCUGUUUUGAUCAAUCUUGCUAGUAAAAUCCGGGUACACCCACUGUAUUUGAUGUUGCCAGCAGCUGUGAGUUGCUCCUAUGCUUUCAUGCUUCCAGUUGCUACGCCUCCAAAUGCCAUUGUUUUCAGUGCUGCAGGGAUGAGCAGCAUUCACAUGCUAAAACCAGGGAUUUUCAUGAACAUCAUUUGUGUUGCUGUCAUCAACAUCAUGAUCAAUACUCUGGGAAAGGAGGCAGAUAGCGCGAACUGCGUUGUGUGUGAGGGAGAAAAUGAAAGAUUAGAUUUUGAGGAUCAAGCCUGCAAAAACAAAGGCCAUGGAGUUUUCUGGAUCCAUUGUGGCGGCCUCGGAACUGGUUCCUGUAAUGGAAAGCUGCUGACCCUGUAUAACCUGUUCGUAUCUGACUCAGAGACUUUUACCGGCCAAGUCCCAGAACCCGGGCGUCUCUUCCUUGUUACCCUGACUGACGAUGCGAGUCCACCGAGAGCUACGAGGAGCACGACCUACUUCUGCGUGGACGAUGAUUACGUUUACAACAAUUUCUACAAAGAUUUCGGACCACAUAGUCUGGGUGUACUUUACAAGUACUGCCUUCGUAUCAACGAUUUAUUGGAGUUGUUCUCUCGAAAGCGCGUUGAAGAAGUUCUGUCUCGAAAUUUAGAAGACAUGCUCUUGGAAAGCUUUCAUUUCCGGCAUCGCGGAGGUCGCCCACUAUCCGGGAACCACACCCAUACAGAGUUUACCACGGACAACCCAUGA